ACGUAUUUGGGUGUGUGUCGAAAAUAAAUAAUAGUUACUGAAAUAUCUUUGAAACAACGUUUUAGAUAAUUACACUUGUAAGUGUAAUUAUGUGUAUGUGCAAAUAAUCGAAUAAUCAAAUAAUGAGGGAGUUCAUUAUUCCUUCGUAUCCUUAGUAAUCGAAACUUAAGUUACGACGGUUACGAGAUUUUGCAAGCGUGGUUCAGAUACUGAAAAUUUGCCGACAACAUGGAGAAUUUCAGCGACAAAAAUCGACACAACGUGGAGUUGCGGUCAACUUUUUCCCCAGAGGAGAUGAGUUCUCCAAAUUUUAUUCCAGACUCGAAAAAUGUGAACGAAGCUAUGUCGAAAAUUUUCAGGAAUACGUUGAUUCUCGACGUCAUCUUUGCCAAGCUCGAUGUCCCUGAUUUGAAAACGUGUCGCCCCGUCUGCCAAGACUGGGCCGACGUGGGUGCGACUUUUCUAGGAAAACGGACGAUCUUCCGGCUCAACGAGAUUUUUACCUACACGGAGCCCAACUUCGAUGAGAUGCCCCCCAUCAACGACAAACUGAUGCGACGUGUCCUCCUCUCGGAUAAUUGCCACUCGUCCAUUCCGUCACUCGAUAAGAAGGCUGAAGUUUUUACAAAAACGUUUUCCCAACUAACUAAAGUGUCUCGAUUAAUUCAGGAAAUUAAUUUUGUCACCCGGCAGACUGAACUUGUCCCCAUUUACCUGGAAGGAUUUAGGGCGUUGAGGUGCACGAAAAUCGAAAAAAUAAGCAUCCACUGUGACCAAACUAAGCUAAACACAAUUCCAGCCGAGGCGUUUCAAAAACUCCCGCCCCAACCCGGCUUGACCUCGCUCAAGUGCAUUAUUCAUUCAAGCUGUCGGAGAUCCCCGAGGUCUCCCGACAUUCAACCCCUACUCCAAAUCUGGAUCGAUUCUGCCCCCAAUUUAACCACUUUGGACGCCAUGGCGUUUCUUUAUCCAAAUUUGGAGGGGUGCAAAAAUCUCAAAGUGCUGAAAUUUAGAUUAAUGACACACUUUGGGGAUUUGGGCAGCCUCUAUUUGAGGAACGUGACCAAGAUGCUUGGACAGGUGAAGGAUUCCUUGAUCGAGCUGGAAUUGGGAAAUUGGUUGCCUCAGUACGAAUCCAUGGGCCAGGUAAAGGUUUAGUAUGGA